GGACAGAAACACGGCGAGGAAGCAAGAGGACAGAAGCAGGCGAGGGAGGUGAGGAUGCGGGUAAGAAAAGCGCGACAGAUGACGAUGAUGAUGGCGAAGACGGGGAUGAAGAUGAGAAUGAUGAUGCUAUCGACGGAGGAAUGGUCGUAGAAGAAGCGGAAGAAGAAGAACGGAAAAUAAAGCUCUGCGGGAUCGGAGGAUAGUAACAGUGGUGAUGCUGAUCGUGAGGCAGUUUGGAUUGUGAGUACGGGACCGCAGAGGCGAGGAUGCUCGGACGCUCGGAGCACCUGCUCGCUCGGUUUUGAUCAUUGUGCAGGGUAAAACCUCGGGUAUCACCGAGAGUUUAACGAAGCGCUAUUCUGAGGAGGUGGGCCAAGUCCCAGGAGGGAGAGAGAGGGAGAGAGAGAGAGAGAGCGAGAGAGAGAGCGAGCUCUCCGAGGACCUUUGGACUGAGUGCCGGUGAUCCAGCAGGGAUGUUGUUGUUCUGUUGUCAGUGAUGUGAGGCGACAUUAAGGAGCUGGUGAAAGGAAUCCUGACACAUAUUCCUACAUUUUUGCAGCUACAUGUAUAGCAGCACUGUGUCAUACAGACCAGUAGAAGUUGGCUUCCUGCCUGUUGAGAUGUGCCAAUAGGAAACACUUUGAACAGGGGUUCAUGCUGAUGAAAUUGAUCUGCUCAGUGAGCUCCAACCAGAGCCAUGGGGAGUACCCAGACUGCCGGAGUGAGAGGGAGUCAGGAGGGGAGGCAUCUCUCCUGGUGUCUCCGCUGGUGGUGGCGGGGAUCGUUAUAGGUCUAGUCCUCUUCCUCUCAUGCAUCACCAUCAUCGUCGGCAGCUUGCGCAAAGACAGUCGACUCCGAAACCCUCACCUUCGAGCAAGCUAUGGACAAGACAGUUUUUCUUAUGGAGGUUCAGCAGGUGAACUGAGGUCUAGCUGCUUGGAAGACUUUCCUCCUGGUUUAGACUUUGACUCAUACAGAGAGUCUCAGAUAAACAGUGUGUAUCCUGACUCCCCACCACGCUAUGAUGAGUGUGUUGGUCCAGGUUCGACUCAGAUCUACAUCCCUACAGAUGACCCACCUCCUUACUCAUUGGUGGACCCCUGUCAGGGGGGAGCAGAGCAGGAGGAACGGCCUAGCUACUCCCUUACAGAUCCUUCCCCAUACUGCGGAGAGACCUCAGCCAGUGCUGCCUGGUUUUCUCCCUCCCACUACCCACUGGGACUGCAAGAGCAGGAGCAUCAACAUCUUGCAUCUAUCUCCUACCCACUGGAGGCAGCACCACCUUAUGAGUCAAUGCUGCCAGAGCAGGGACAGCCCCUCCCUCUCAUGCCAUGUGACCUUUAUAAACACCAAUCAGAGAGGGGGGAUGAUGGCAACUCCCAGCAACUCCCUGCGAACCAGAUCUCAUAGGACAGUUAAUUUGUUUCUCUCACCUGUGGGCUUGGUGAAUUAAACAAACACUUGGGAUGUGUGGAAAAUAGCUUUCACUAGCAGCUGUGACACCAAACGAUGGUCCAAAAGAUGUGCAUUUCUUCCACACGGUUGCAAAGACCUGAAGAGGCUGAAGCUUGACUGCAGUGCAGUCAAAACUCCAGCUUUCAACCAUUUUACUGUUGUUUGUCUACGGACAAAAUAAAACUCAAGAACUGCAUUAUACUGCAAAGUUCCUGGAAUGGCAACUUCUCUCAAAGGCUCUCCUCUAUGUUGUUUAGUUUAGUUUUGCCAUGUGUUGACUGUUAUCGUCUCCUUCUUGAAGUAGGACUGAUACAAGAGUUGUGUGUCUUGUGUGGAGUUUAGUCUGAAUCGCUUCUAAACAAAUGCAUUUACAUUUAUCCAUCAUGUCAUAGACAACAGGAAAUUGAGUUUGUCUUUACAAGAAAGAGUAUGAACAGUAUAGAUGUGGGUUUUAGUAGUCUAGUUUAAGGUAUACACAAGCACACUCAGUACCAUCCUUGAGUUUAUGUUGCUGUGAUGUCACAUAUCUUCGUAUUUAGAAAUGUUUUGGGAAAAAAAAACUGUACUUAGCUCUGAUGUUAUAUAGAACAUGUCAACUACCAGCACACCACUGCUGAUUUACAAUCUCUAUAGUGUGUGCAGACAGUAGCGUGGUUUAUGGCAACCUCCAGUGUUAGUUUGUUGGUUGUGGUAGUUUGAUUAGAAGGAGUUUGUGAUGAAAUGGCUGUGUAUAACAGGGGAACUACCUGGACAAGGAAUUAUCAACAUGCCAUUUUUCCAGGUAUAUUUCUAUUACCUUUUAGCACCAUGAUGAUGCUAUAGAAAACAUUGCUAGCAUGUCAUUUGAAUCUGUCAUCACCAGAGAGGAGUUCAACUUGUCCAGCUGUAUAAGUUGUCAUAAUUCUUCCAAUCAAGGGCUCUGGUUUUAAUGUCAAUGCUGUAAGUGGAUCCCAGCAGCAAAAUGUAGCUUGGAGCUCUCCUCCUGUCGAGGUUGGGUUGAUGCAACGGAGAAGAAACACAGUAAACUGUAGACUUUAUUACAUUAUUCACUCAUAAGGGAUGCUUCUGCAUUGUUGUUCUUGUUCUGCUCUCAUAAAAUAAUUCACUUGGCUUAAACCGUCACAAAUGUUUUCUGUAUCGCACACAGGUGAGCAACACAUGGCUUGCGAUAGCCAAUAAACUAAUUACUAAUGAACAAAAUUAACUGAUGUGGAAACUUUGUGGGUCAUUCCGUCUUAACUCAUUAAAUUUCUAGUAACUUCUCUUUUCAGCCACCUUUGUUUUCCACGAAAUGUUCAAAGUUUGGAUAUAUUCUGUAUGAUAAUUGUUGUGAAAUUUUACCUUAAGAUAUUAAACACCUUUCUAGAUUUUAAAAACAACAACAUUAAUUUACACAUUAGUGUAAUAUUCAGGCACGUAUCCUAAACACAAUGAAAAAUUUAAAACAGCAUGGAAGUUUAGUGAAAAUAGCAUUUUUAGGUCAAAAAGCAUUCUGUGUGUUUCGUUUUACAUUAAAUUUUGAACAUUUAAAUUAGUUUGUCAAUAGUGGUCUUUGACAACGUGAGAUGGUUUUUUGGGGCAAAAUGUCACAGCAAUCAUGACAUAUAUGCAAACCAUGAAUAUUUUUAGGAAAAUCAAAGAUGGCUGAGCUGAAGGACAACGAUAAUUUGAGACAGAGUGACCCAGUAAGAGUUUUGUAAUAUGAUUCUAAAAUAUGUUUCCGCUACAGUAUCUCAACAUUUAAACAUGUAACUGUCAGCUGCGAAGUUUCUGCUGGUACUUGUAAAUCAAUGGGUCCCCUUGAAAGGUUAUUACAUUAUUCUUUUACAGGCAUUAUUUAAAAAUGUUUAAGAUGAUAAACAUGUAUGGCCUGUUCCAAGUGUUAGAAUUGCAAAAUGGUUCAAGACAAGACAAAAAAAAUGAUCAACGUGUCCUUGAUACAGUAUUUCCUUGUUAAUUUGCUGUCGAUGCAUCAGGGGAAAUUAGUUUAUACAGCAGCAGAUAUGUGGUCAAAUGCAUCCCAUUAGCAGGUGGUUUGGGUGAUUUGAUAAUGCUGUGUAUUGGUGGUUAUUUACACUAAUAUGCAUCAGAGCUGACUGUUGCUGAGCAAACUGCUUAAAGUGUAAACAAAGUAAAUCCAGAUACAAAUGUUUUCGAUGUUUCACCAUUUAUGCAUCAUUUCCUAAUCAGAAACAAAGCAAUAGAUAUGAGCUAAAAUGCAUCAGCUGUGCAUAAAUUGAGUUGAGCAAAGGGGAAGUAAAGCCAGUCGGAAGCAUCUGUAGUGAACAAUUUUGCCAAUUAAUAAUUAGUCAGCAUUAAAACGGUAAAUAAGUUAAUAACGGAGAGAUAAUGUUGUUAUUUUAAUAUAUAUCUGCAGCCAUUCUGUCAAAUGGACCAUGCAAUCAUUACGCACUCCAUUCUGUUAAUGAGAUGUGGGGAAACAUCAGGGCAAUUAGUUUACAAAGAAAUCUAAAUUGUUCAUUAUUUAUUUUGUGUUUGAGUUUAAAACAUAAUAAGUUGGGAAAUUCUUUAAAGUACAACAGACAUGGUACAGUUACCAUGACAUAGACAUGUUCAGAGGGGGAUUUUUACAAUGUGGGUGUUAUCUCUGAACAGCCAGGUUGGAUAAAAACAGAACAAAUCACAAACGUUUCUAACCUUAACCAAAACGGAACAAAAACCCAGACAGCCACUGUUGGUGCACAAAAUAUGAAUAUACCUGCAUUAUGGUCACCAGACAACCUGAUCGAUCACCUCAGGUGUCUGUGUACAUAUGUUAUAUAAUUUACUAUAUGUGUCACAAAUACACAAAAUGUUUGAAUGAAGUGUUUAGAGUUAAAAUUGGGGCUAUCCUGGAGACACUAAGACCUGUAGACAACAUCAUCAUUCACCAGUUAUUGAAGCAGGAAGCCACUAAAGGCUGAGCUUUAAUAACAUUUUUUUCAAUGUUAGUUUAAUUUGACAAAUUGACAAUUUUUUUUAAAUUAUCUUUACGUGUGACAUAGUGUUUUAGUUAAAGAUGUGCCUAUUAGCCCCCAGACUGUUAGCUUGAACAUUGUAGCCAUAAUUAUCUCAAGGCAACCAAUCUGCUGCUUUGAGCUAAAUCUCUGGUGAUGUACUGAUUUUGUGAUGUAGGUAAAAGCAUGCUAUUAUAACUGAAUCCCUGUUAAAUGCCUUGUGAUGACAGAUUUUACUAAAGGAUACCAUUUUCUUGACUGUUUCAAGCUGUUCUUAAGGGUUCUAGUUAAUCACUGGUUGUCUUUUGGCUCAAAUUAGCACCUGGAAACGAGCCACUCACAACAUUUACUUCAUUGCGUUAGAAUCUCAGUACUACUUUUAAGAUUUUAAGCAUUCAGUCAAGAGUAAUUUUCUCUGAUGGAUUACCAUAUGUUGUAAUAAAACGUUUUUGUCUGCCA